CGAAGACAGAGCCCACCUGCAAAAGAAUAGACUACAAGAACUUCCGACUUGAAUUCUUAGAUCAAGAAAAUACUAAGAAUACAUCUCUACUCGGUAAAAAAAUUUCUUCUAUCUUCAUCCAACAAGUCAAUUUCAAUAGAACAACUCCUCGAGAACUGAAUGAGGAAGUACAACAGAAAAAAGAAAUGAGUCUUGACGUCGCUUAGCAACGAACUACAGGGAGAAAAACCUUCUCCGUCCUUCUUCGUAGAAGAGAAGAAGAAGGAGUAAUACUCUCACCUGCUUUCCGGGAGCAAGCAACGGGAGACCUCCCGGAAUACCCCUCUCAAGAACAGAAUUAUAACCAGGGGCAGAGGCAGAAGCAGAAUAACCAGGUGCAGCACUGUCUUCGUAAUACCUUCAUUCUUCGUAAUUGUAUGCGGGAAGAUACUAUUUCACGACACGACGACUAAGGAGCCGUGAACUACAAUAACAAAAUGACGGGCAACAAGAUGGCGGGAGGCGGUAAAGUAAGGGUUUUGGUCCGAGUGAGACCGACCUCCAAUUUCGCCUCCAACAUCUACAAAUUCCACGAGGAUGCAGAUAGCGUCGAUAUCCUGCAUCCAAGUGACCCGAGUCAGGGAGCAGUCAACAAUGCACCAGAGAAUUGGCAUUUUAAGGUACCACCAUUUUUAUCGUAAUUUUUUUAUGACCAGCAACCGAUUCGUCUUUAUCUUCCAAUCAUUCAGACUUUCCUAUUCUAAACCUCAAAUAUGGCACAUUCGUCAAGCAGCUCUCGCCAGGCAUAUUAAAUAAUCAAUGAACCAACCUCCACCCCAACUAUUCUUCCUACCCACCCCAACUAUUCUUCCUAGCCACCCCAACUAUUCUUCCUAGCCACUCUCGCUCCACAGGUAGACAAGCUCAUCGUGAAUGCAACGCAAGAGUCCGUAUUUAGGAACGGGUGCGAUGAGAUCGUUACCAGCGUAAUGGAGGGAUAUAACGGCACAUUACUAGCCUACGGCCAGACGGGUGCGGGUAAGACCUUCACAAUCAGUGGAGGACAGGGAUUUGCGCAAAGGGGUCUAGUGCCACGAGCCAUCUCAGGAAUUUUUUCCGAAAUACAUAGCAGACCGGAAAAUAUCGUCACCGUGCGGUUAUCGUACUGAUUCUGAUACCAGGCUGGAUUAUAUGUUGCAUGAAGAUCUUUGUUGAUUCGGACGACUGGUUUUUUUGGUGUUGAAGAACUGAAAUGGCAUUUACAUCUACAGUUCUACUGCUGAACGAAUGCUCAACCACGUACACUAUUCUUGAAAGCUCGUUUCUGAAUCACAACAUUGAGAUCUGCAAAACGGACAGCACCACCAAUCUUCUAGGUACAUCGAAAUCUACAACGAACUUAUGUUCGAUCUGCUUUCGAGGGUAGCGGUGAAGGACCAAAAGGGAGACUUGACGGUGCAAGAGGAUGCGAAAGGGGGGAUCGUACAGAUUCUUGUUUGAAUUCACAAAGUUCUGGUCAUUCAAUGAAGAUCUUCAUGUUAGCUUGAUCCUAACGCAACGUACCUAGAAGAUGAGUCAGUGUCUUCAGACACAGGAAUGGUUGUUUCAUGUAGUGAUACAUAAGUACUUUCAAUACUAAUAAAAACCAACACCCCCCCUCCCUUCAGAUCUGCAAGCAACUGUCAUUGAAAGCCGCACCAAGUGAAGAGGCGGCUCUUAAUAUCUUUUUCGAGGGUGAUGCGCAAAAAGCUUUAGCCGAACACGCUCUGAAUGAGGCGUCAAGUCGAAGUCACACUGUCUUGACAGUGUAUGUCGAUAGCAGAAGCAGAGUGGAGUAAUAUUAAAAGGGGUCUUUUCUUGGGUUUUUUUUGUUAUGCAUUCUCAACGAAAGUAGAUCAAGGUGGUCCUUUCGAAACCUUGAUCUGCGGUCGACGCACCGUAGAUCGUAGAUGCAUGUCUUUGCUAGUCGUUUUCACCUUCCUUCUAUAUGACUUUACCCCCCCAUCCGCCGAAUAGGUCUAGUGAGAAAAUCACAUCCUCGAAGUUGCAUCUAGUGGAUUUAGCGGGUUCGGAACGACUGAAGAAGACGGGAACAGAAGGCUCAACGCUGCGAGAAGCAGGGUUCAUCAACAAAAGUCUCACAUUCUUAGAGCAGGUACUCUUGUUCAUCUCACUAGAUUCUCUUGUUCAUCCCACUAGAUUAACACGUAUAGUUUCAGUUGGAUUGAAUGAAAAUAGUGAAUGAUACUCUAUGUCUAUUAAUCCCAUUUUUGAGCUUGUUGGAAAUAGGAUAGAGUUGCUUGUUUAUUAUAUGAAUACUAAUACACUAAGGUCGUCCGCGCCUUAGCCGACAAGGGUCGGGAUCAUGUGCCGUAUAGGCAGUCAAAGUUGACGCAUUUCCUCAAGGAUUCACUAGGAGGCAACUGCAAGACGACUAUGAUAGCCAACAUUUACCCGGAAGCGAGAUUUUUAGAGGAAAGCGGAAGCACUCUGCGCUUCGCCACUAGUAUGAUGAAAGUCAUCAACAAGCCCUCAGUCAACAUGCAUCUGGACAACGCGCUGUUGUUGAAGAAGUACUCUGGAUCCGAUCAUAAAUGUUCUGGAGUUUUUCCGACUAGCUUUUCCUAUUUUUGGUCCAUCGCCUUGCUUCGUUCUUCAUUUUUACACAUCAAGAAGGCUCCUUUUAUUUCACAACUAGACUUAUAAUACGGAUACUACUUGCAGUUUUAAUUACAAAUUUACUCCAUAGAAAUACUGACUUUGAAUAGUUCUAGGUAAGUCUCAUCAUACUACUUGCACUUCUAAUAUUCCAUUUUCGCAAUGAAUGCUCUUCCUCUUAUCACCCUCCAAACAUCUAUUUUCGCAAUGAAUGCUCUUCCUCUUAUCACCCUCCAAACAUCUAUUUUCGCAAUGAAUGCUCUUCCUCUUAUCACCCUCCAAACAUUUUUCGCAAUGAAUGCUCUUCCGCUAUCUUCCAGGUACGAGCGCGACAUCAAAGAUAUGAAGCAGGAACUAGCAAUCACAAAAAUUCUCUUCCUCUUAUCACCCUUCAGGUACGAGCGCGACAUCAAAGAUAUGAAGCAGGAACUAGCGAUGCACGAUACACUAGCUGGGAGAGGAAGAAUCCAGUACGCGGACUACUCACCGGAUGAAGUGCGAGCACUGGAGGUGAAAGUGCACCAAUACAUAGAGGGAGAAACGGAGCAAAUGGAAAUAGUGUCAUUAAAGAUGGCCCACGAAUCAUUCGCCAUUUUUCGGAAGAUGAUACAAAGUACUUUUGUUCCUUUUACAACUUGGAGAAGUACUUUUCCUUUUCUCCAAAGAACUGCACACUCAUCUACUUUCAAACUGUGUGAUUUCAGCUCACUUCAUCUAGUUCUAGGAGCUCUCCUGUUAGACGAACCCAAGAAGGCUCACUUCAUCCAGUUCUAAAAGCUUCAUUUUCCCCAAAAUCUCCUCCAGACCUCCAGAAAGAAUUGCGAGAGCGGCCAACGCUGCAGCCAGGAGCGGGUUUCAGUCAAAGAGAAGCGACCUUAGAAGACGGUGGUAUGGCAGGAGAGGCGCCACCACUAGAGGACCAGGUAGGAGAGGACGACGACCAACAAGCCGGCUUUGGCAUUGGUGUAGCUACCACAAAGCCUGUCGUGGAGGAAGCAGAAGCACCAGCUGGGGAUGGAGGUAUUUUUCUUGAUGUUCAACACCUAAUUUAAUAUUUGUAGAAGCUUAUAUGAAGAUGAUGAGUUUCGCGCAAAUUUUAAUUUUCUUCAUCACAUUUGUAGUUUCUCCUCCUUGUUUUUAGACAAAUCAAAUGGUUGUUCGGAUUCAACAAGUCAAGAACAAGGAUGUACAACUAGUCCACAAAUUUCCACCACCCCACUUCAGAAGAGCCCGAAGUCUUGACUCCUCGACGACCGGUGAAAGCUACUAGGAAAAUGGAAGCUGGCGGUGCAGACAAGGCCAGCUUGUUCUUGACGUGGAAGAAGAGGGAAGGUGGACGAUACGAGAGGGAAUUCCAAAUGCUCAAGAACGCAGUCCUGGAGAAGAAGCAAGAGUGCAAACUGCUCAUCCAGAGUCUCAAUCAAAAAAAAGGAACGGUGGACGCCUUGGAUGCAAGGAUAACGCAAAGUACUAUUCUUGAUUUUGCAGAUUUACUACUUGUUAAAAAGUAUUUUAGUUGGUGCACUGAAUCAGUGCCUUGAAGAGUCCGUACAAGUCGUGCUCACAAAUCCUAAAGACAAACAGAACUUUCAUCCUUUCUUGUUCUCUUUCGUUCAAUGCGACAACCCCAGAGCAGUCGUAUCCAAAAAUGUUUCAUCCCACCUUCUCUACAGAAGGAGCCGCCUCGCAGCAGGGGUCAUCAGGAGACCUAAUAGACGAAGAAGAAUUUGCUCUCCUAGCCACCAAACAAAAGGAGCGAACAGAAUACAAGAAGAUGCUGGAAGAAAAGAGAAUGGUGGAUCAAGACAUCCUCUCAGGCGAGCAACAAAUGCAAGCGUGCAAACGGGGAUUGGUGCAAGCGUUCUUAUGGUUUCUUAGUGGAAGAUGGAAGAACGACUUUGAAGAUGUAACAUCACAAGAAUUGUUCAGAAGAUCUUUCUAUCUCUACUCCAGAGCAGUCAAAAUUUUUAGACCACUCACUAAACGACGCCUUCUAGUAAGUACCUUCUAACACCUGAAUCCUGGUACGCGCAGAAGUAUAUGGGUGGCAAUACUUUUGGUGCCAGUACUUUUGGUGCGACAGGCAAGGUGGAGCUAGACAGCAAAGAGCAGUAUGACGGGCUCGAGGCAGCUCGCUUUCAAGGGGAUAGCGAAGCCUAUACCUACUAUAAGGCACGCAAGAAUGCUGCUGCAGCGAAAACGAGGCGAUGAAGUUGAUCUGCUGAUUAUCAUCGUUUUUUUGUGUCGUUUUUCGCCAGAAGAAGUGGUUUUGGAUUUCUGUAGAGCAUACAACUCUAGUUUUCAAAACAAAAAGCAAAGGAUAACUCCGAUUCGAUUCGCUAUAAGAUUUCAACAAGAAAGGAUUUCAGUUUCAGAAUUUAUCAGAAUUUAUCGCAAAUAGAGACGUCGUUUGAGACGGUUGUCGGCUGCGUGGCAGAAAUGCCCGACACCGAUCUUGAAUAAAACCGAUUAGUAUUUACACGAUUCGCGCAAGAAAAGCCUAAAAAGUGUGUGUGUUUUAGUACCGAUUUAUCCAGUAUGAAUAGUAGCACCGAUGUACUAAAUCUAAAGACCUUCAGGUAGCCAAGUUGUUAUAAUAGAGUGUACGCGCAACCUCAACUUGUUGAUGUACCAUACAACUAGGUAGAAAUAGGAAAGAGAAUGAUCGUCCUUCUGCAGAACAAAACUGAUGAAAGAAAUCGCGUUUGACUCAAUAAACUACCUGCAUAGAAGCCAACAUUAGCAUUUUUCCGCAUGUUUCCUGCAUUGAUUAACGGUUAUGGCGCGCAUGAGACUGUUGUGCAGCGAGCGCACGUUGAUAUAUCUGAUGAACCAACACUGACAUAAAAAUGCACGUCGGACUUCGUGGUCUAUUGUCGUUUGUAUUUUGAAUCUUGGAUAACGCUGGAACGAAAGAAGGACAACAUGUUUAAUAAAGAUAAAGUAAAGAACAAGGAUCAUAC